GGUGUUGAUGUAAUAAAUUCCCCAAUUAGAAAUUAUCUGGUUAAUCUCUGCCAGUUGCCAAUUUACUAAAGAUGGGACAGUUCCUGCCGUUCCUAAAAAUUAAUGCACACAUGUAUUCAGUUCUUCCGUUCCAUCUAGAAGUGUCUGAACUGGAACUGACUCUAGACCACCACAAGAGGGCGCUGACUGGUUGAAGUUUAGACGUGACGUCAGGGAAGGGGGCGUUCAGGAAAGCCGUACAGCAGUACAGUUUUGGCGCGUGUUCGUGCAGCUUUGAUUUUGAACCUGACCUAGUGCUGCGGAAAUUGAUAGUUUAUUGAAACUAUCUUUCUGCCUUAAUCGCCCUCUCUGAACUCUGAACAUGCACAUAUACUUCUGUGGCAGCAUCCGAGGAGGCAGGGAUGACGUGGCUUUAUAUCAGAAGAUUGUCAAAAAAUGCCAGCAGUAUGGUACCGUUCUAACGGAGCACGUUAGCCACGGUGAACUAACGGAAAAAGGUGAGGAUGCAUCUCUUGAGGGGGACAAGGCAAUUCACGACAGGGACAAGGCAAUUCACGACAGAGACAUGAAAUGGCUGGAGAUGUCAGAUGUGAUUGUAGCUGAGGUGACCCAGCCCUCUCUGGGUGUUGGCUAUGAGCUGGGUCGGGCCGUGGACAUGCGCAAGAAGAUCUUCUGCCUCUUCAGGCCGUCGUCAGGCCGAGUGCUGUCGGCCAUGAUCCGCGGCGCCGAGGACGGUUCUCAGUUCCACGUGAGGGACUACUCUGAGGAGGAGGUGGAGCGCAUUCUAGAGGAGUUCUUCAGCAGCCUGGCCAAGAACUGAGUGGAACCCGACUCGGAACCUCAUUUAGCACCUGGAGGGGUUGCCUGUCCCCCCUCUUGGACCUCCUGGUGGGAGGGUGGGGGCUAGUUCUACUCUCAAGAGCAGCCUGGACGUGGAGGAGAGGGGUGUCUGUGGGACCGCAUUGCUGGGAUGUAGUUUGCUCUACUUUGGUCUGUAGUUAUAAGGGACCAUUGAUGGUGAAAGGGAGAAACAGUGGCUUUAAAGAGUGUGUGUGUGUCAUGCAAGACUCUGUCAUCCCACAUACACACACAUAUUUGUUUGUCACAACAACCAUGUGUCUUAAUCAUUCACAAAUAUAUACGUUUAGCUGAAUGUCCGUUAUACCAAUGAAGUACUGUUUAAUUGCAUUAAUUAUGAGACACUUUUCCCCUGUUUGUACAUGCACCCACAUGCCUAAAUGCUAAGGACCGAAAAUAGUGACGGCAGAUUCGGUAAACUUUGAUGGAGGUUGAUAAUAAAAGAUUUCUAAUAA